AUGAUCAAGGAAAAUAUACUUGGCCCUGAUAAUUCAGUCCAAAUAGGAAAUAGUUUAGAAGUAAGUGGUGGAAGCCGUCAUGGUAGUUUCCGUUCGAGUUUUCGUCGACGUGGAAAUACUGCACCAGGAAUGCAACAAAAUGACCAGUAUUCAAAUGAUCAUUUCAAGUAUCAAGAUGAAAUGCAAACACCUAAUUCUAAUGUGGGUUCAAAAAGAUAUUAUUCAAAAGAAUUUCAUGGAACCGAUAAAGCUAACAUGGAUAUUGACUAUCGAGGGCAGAUUGAUCAGCAAAACACAGCAUUUGGACAGCAAAGAAGUCCAGCUGGAAGACCCAUAGCUAGAGCUGCUACAACUGGAUUUACUGGUUUAGGUUACUCCCCAUCUGAACAACAACAGUUCGCUCAACAUAUGGCUCAACAUCCUCACUCUCCUUAUCUAAUGGCUUCAACAAGUCAACAGUUAGACAUUCAAAUGGAACCUCAGAUCAAUCCCAAUCGCGGAUUUGAAUAUGGCACAGUGCCACGUCCGCGUAGCAGACAGACUGAAACUGCAUCUCUCCAUUCUCCAACGAUUGACAGUGCAAAGCUUAUGAAGACAGGAGCUCAUAGGUCAACUGAAAUUCGAAUAGACAAUAGUCAACUUGUACAACCAUGUCCAACUUAUCGUGCUGAUGUUGGUUAUGUGGAUGAAAAUCACACCCGUAACUUUCAAAAUAUAGGAAUUACUUUAAAUGGAGUAUUCAACAAUGAAGAACCAAUCAUAGAAAAUUGGGAAGAAGAUACUGUACUACCAAAAGAACCAGUCUUACCACCUGAAACACCACUGACUUCAGUGAACAAGGUUCGAAGAAGAACCCUUCCAUCUAUAAUGACUGAACCUCCUAUUCAAACCACUAGGAAUGCCUGCAUUAAACCGGGGUCACAACUACCGAAUUCUCGAAGAAAUGCAACCACAAAAGGAACAACUCACAAUCCCGAUUUACGUUGUGUCAUAGAUGAUCAGACUGUACAUAGUGCCGAAAACCUACCAGCAGAUGCUGCUGCCACUUAUAUAAUCGAGAAUGGAAUUCGUAAACGAGUUCAGGCUGAAACUAACAACCGUCAACAAAAUCAACGCAAUAAAACGUCCACAGGACUAACAGGGUCACCUCGAAAAGCAUCAGAAAACAAUUAUAUGGAAGGAAGCAGACCAGAAUGGACUACGGCAUAUGAUCCAUACAGACCAGCAAUGGAAAACACUGGAGUUGUCACGGCUACCCGGCUUGGAACAAACAAACACCAUGAUCCAGAAACAGAAGAUCUGUUACCUCUUCCUAAAUCGUAUCGUAUUGAGUCAAUAAUUCACCUCCCUGGUGCCUCAAAAGAAGCUAGUAUGCCAGAUAUUUCCAUAAAUCAUAGUCAUACUUCCAGUCAGUAUGAUAGUCCUUCAAGGCGUAGAGCAGUACUACAUCCUGUUUCUGGAGAACUGACUCGUGAAGAAGUUGCACGCUUAAGCCAAGCCAGAAGACAAGAAUUAUAUCAUGAAAUGGAAAGACGAAAACGAGGUGAAAUUGUUAUACGUUUAGCUGAUAUCAAGGACUGGAUUCGUGAUAAUUUCGUCAUCGUUUUCGUUUUAUUGGUUAAUGCCAGCUUGGCAUUUUUCUUUUUCAAUUUACUAACUGGAAAUACAAAUCAACCGAACCAGUCUGGAAGAAAUGCUCAAAACUCUGGUCGAUCUCAACCAAGUGAUUCAAAUGUAGUUGCAGUGAGAGCACUUAAAACAGCGAAAAAGGUUAUCUCAGCAGCUUUGAAAACUAAGCACCAAAAUGCGGCUGGACAACAAAAGCCGUAAGCCAACUUAACGACACAUAUACGUGUGCACAAUAUGAUGAUAGUACACAAGAUUCUAGUUUCGAAAUUAUUGAAGCUUUCCUUGUUUCAUGGUGUUGUGGUUUGAUACACUGACAUCAGUGUUUUCUUCCCCUUUUAGUCAAACUAGAAAAAGAUUGAUACUGUACUCCUUCGUCACUUUCGUCACCUUUCUUUUGAUAAACACAA